AUGGAUGUCGCGGCUGAGCUGGGAUUGGACACUCAGACACUCAUCCCGCAGGGUCACUACAAGGCUAAGAUACCGUUGAGCGCCGAACGCACGGGCGGCAAGCGAGGCAAGCUCAUCGUCGUAACAGGCAUUACUCCGACGCCUGCCGGAGAGGGCAAGACGACCACGACCGUCGGCAUGGCACAGGGUUUCGGGAGGUUGGGCAAGAAGGUCGUUGCGACGCUGCGAGAGCCUUCACUCGGACCCAUAUUUGGCAUCAAAGGCGGCGGCACGGGCGGCGGCUUGUCUCUCGUGGAGCCGCAGGAUGAGGUGAACAUCCACUUCACGGGCGAUGCACAUGCCGUUGGUUCGGCUCACAACUUGCUAGCCGCGCUGACGGACAAUGUGGCGCAGCGCGGGCAGAUUCCCGGCUUUGGGCCUACGGGUAUCACAUGGCGGCGCGUGACCGAUGUCGAGGACAGGGCGCUUCGCACGAUUGGCUCCCCCAUGCGUGAAUCCGGCUUCGACAUUGUCACGGCAUCCGAGAUUAUGGCGGUGCUUGCGCUGUCGUCCAGUCUCGAAAACCUGCGAGAACGGCUGAGUCGCAUCGUGGUUGGGCUGAGCGAUUCGGGAGAGCCUGUUACGGCUGAAGACGUGAACGCUGUCGGUUCGAUGAUGUCGCUGCUGCGAUAUGCGAUUCAGCCGAACAUCGUGCAGACAACGGAAGGGCAGGCGGUCAUAGUGCAUGCGGGGCCGUUCGGCAACAUCGCGCACGGCUGCAGCUCAGUGGUGGGAGACAGGAUUGCGCUUGGAUACGCCGACUAUGUGCUGACCGAAGCGGGCUUUGGCGCGGAUCUGGGCUUCGAGAAGUUCAUGCACAUCAAGGCGCGAUUCAACGGCUUAGAGCCGAGUGGCGCGGUCAUCGUGGCGACAGUGCGCGCGCUCAGAUCGCACGGUGGAGCACUGCGACGCGAGCUCGAUACUCCCAGCGAAGAAAGAGUUCAGCGGGGCAUGGCGAAUCUGGUACAUCUAAUUGGCGCAAUCCGCUCGUUCGGCUUGCCCGUAGUCGUUGCGCUUAACAGGUUCCCAUCCGACACGGAAGGCGAGCUUGCGAUAGUCAAACAAGGCUGUGAAGAGGCGGGCGCAUUCGCUGCCGUGGACACUCGCGUUUUCACCGAGGGCGGUGCAGGCGGCGUUGAUCUCGCCGAGGCCGUAAUCGAGGCCACUUCCGGAGACGACCCAGAAAUUACUUACAUGUAUCCAGAGGACGCUUCGAUUCGAGACAAGGUGCUUGCGCUGGCGCAGAAGAUGUACGGAGCGGACGAUGUUUCGUGGGCGCCAUCCACACGGAGACCUCUGCGCCGCUACACAGAGCUAGGGUGGAGCGACCUGCCGGUAUGCAUGGCGAAGACGCACUUGUCUAUAUCGCACAACCCUCGUCUGAAGGGCAGGCCUUCAGGUUACACGUUCGAGGUCAAUGACGUGCGUGCAUCGGUGGGCGCGGGCUUCAUCUAUCCGAUCGCCGGAAGCAUAAUGACGAUGCCGGGACUGCCAGGUUCGCCGCGCGCGCUCGAUGUGGAUGCUGCGGGGAAUAUAUUGGGGCUGUAG